CUGUACCGCUGAUUUCUUACGGGCUCACUCAUAUUUGGCGCAAAAAAUUUGAAAUCACAUCUAGAAAAUGUGAUUUUUUUUUUUUUGCGAGAGCGGCUAUUAUAUUGUUAUUCUAACGAUGUACCAGGUGUAUUAGUUAACUGAAUUUUGUAUUGGUGUCAUGGAUGAGGUCAGUAAGCUUUGCGAGGCUCUUCCGCCGUCUGAUGUACCAACUUUUCACGUCGAAGUCUGCCAGCAACCUUGCAGCACUGCCUUGCCCAACACCUUGAAGGAUUAUGUCAAGCAAUUCCUGAUAUGUAUCGGCACUGCUUAUGGUGAUACAACCUUCAACCACUUUGAGAAUGAGUUCCUGAACGAACAUAUCAAAUCUAUUUCCAUCUGCGACACAGAUCUUGUGCUGGUAGAGAGAAAGGCAAUAGAUCUCCAGUCCUGUAAACUGGCAAUCCAUGUCUUCCAACUACACGAUGAUGGUCCAGCUAGUGAAGAGUUAGAGGAUGAAAUCACAGCAGCCAAUCACUGGCUUUUACCAGCAGCUGAAUUUGAAGGAAUAUGGGAUAGCUUGGUGUUUGACACAGAUGUCAAAGCCCAGCUUAUAAACUAUGCAACCACAACACUGCUGUUUUCAGACAGAGGUGUUAAUGCAAAUAUCAUAACAUGGAAUAGAGUCAUACUGCUACAUGCUAUAUGCAGAAGUUGUAGAGGUGACCUGAUACUUAAAGAAAUUGCGAGCGACGAGGAAGUCGAGCGACCGAUAACACAGAGACUGCAUCAGCCUUUAGCCUUCAGUACACCUGCACUGUCUCAGAGUGGACUAGGCAACCCAGAGACACCAGAUGUAAGCCUUUACAAGACUUGUGAAACCCCACAGAAGCCUCUGGAUAAGAUGAAUGAAUUCUUACACUCACGUGAUCUAAGCCCAACUUGUUUGCAAUGCGCUACGCCAUGGGAAGCCGCAAGCGAUAGAACGAAGAGAUACUACGAAAUAAAGGCCAAAGAGGGGAUGGCUGCUAUCAUUGAACAGCUCGUUCCGAACGAUCCAGGUUCGCUGUGGAACUUUGUGUCACCAUCAAUGGAAAAACGGUAUGGCAACCCCAGAGACACUGAUACUAUAGAUGACACCCUCAUGGGUAACCUAGCCAAGUGCUACAACGCUGCUAGUGGAUGGGAGGUACGGCGUCAAGUACUCUCCAUAAUGGCUGACAAGCUGAGCCUCAAGCAGCUUAGAAGCUGGAUACCUGACCUUUCCCAGCGAUGCUUCGCGGAAGCAAGACGGCACUCUAUAUCUAUGGAAGGGGUCAACCAGUCCAAUCUCUCUAUCCCAGAAGGCGAACCGUCAUAUCAACCGACAAAGUAGAACAUUUUGUAGGAUAUAUUUUGAGCCGACAUAUCAUCCAGGAUUUACCCUUUGUUGAAAAAUGCAUAAAGUUGUCAACAAAUGAACAGAUCAAGGUUCCUAAUGUCAUCCGGAUGAUCAUCCCCGAAAGAAUAGUUCAGCAGUACCAUGCCUACUGCAAAGAAUCUGGGUUUCCCGCUCUGAGUCGCAGCGUCCUGCUCCAAGUUCUCAACGUUUGUUCCGCAUCAACACGAAAGUCUCUUCAAGGCUUGGACUACAUCAGCUUGAGUGGCUCGGAGGCGUUUGAUGAUCUCCACAACGUGGCUGAGAGACUACAUUAGAUGACAGUGGAAUGGGCCUUCAUUGGGCAAAGCACCAACAGGAGAGGCUGAAGACAGCUAAACGCUAUCUUAAAACCGACUAUAAUUGUUUGUUUGUCUGUUUGUUUGAAUGCUUGCUUGCUUGAUUGAUUGUAUAUUUUUUUAUUGAUUGAUUGUAUAUUAAUUGAUUGACUGACUGACUGACUGAUUGGUACAAGAAGUUGAUUUCUGUUCAACAUUAUUCUUCAAGGUUCAUGUAUCCCAGGAGUCUGUGGUUGCUGACCAUUGCAGAAAGUUCGCCCUUAGUGAUCCUUGUGACCCUGACUUCAAGUCUGUGUGCGACCACUAUCAUCAUGGAAUCUGGGAGCGAUGUGACCAACUGCGCGAUGUUAUCUUUGAAAUUGAAAACAGCGUUGGGAUUGUAUCUCUAGGAGACGACGCAGAUGAAAUCGUUUUCAAAGUGAACCAAGCCAAGGCAAACAUCUUAGCAUGGAAAGCCCACAUGCUGAGAUCGAUAAAUCAGUAUGAAGCACGUCUCCAAGUUUUGGAAAAUCUCGAUGAAAGAUCAGUGCUGCUGGAACAAGACUGGGCCAUGAAGUAUUUACCUAGAAAGUACAGGGAAAGCCAAAUUGACUGGUUUGCGAAAAAGGGCAUUCCAUGGCACAUAACAGUUGCAACAAGAAGAAGAGAAGACGGUUCUCUGGAGCUUCUGACAUUAGCUCACGUCUUCAGGUCAUGUACUCAAGACAGCUACGCAGUCUUAGCCAUUAUGUCGGAUAUUCUAUCGCAGCUGAAGGAGGUGAUGCCUGAGCUACAGUCUGUUUUCUAUCGCCAGGAUAUUGCAGGCUGCUAUCACUGCGGUGGCACGAUUGCAUAUGCCAAAGUACUGGGUGAUGCUCAUGGAGUGUCUGUAAGACGCCUUGAUUUCUCGGACCCUCAAGGGGGAAAGGGCUUUUGUGACAGGAAAGCUGCGACUAUAAAAUCACAUAUGCACAUUCACCAUAAUUCGGGACAUGAUAUAGAAAACGCCGAGCAAAUGAACGAGGCAAUGCUAUCAUCUGGAGGGGUACUGGUACCUCGCUGUGUGUUUCGGGGCCGCCGUCCUAUGAAAAGGUGCCUGCUGUGAAAAUAGACGGUGUGCGGCAAAUUUCCAAUGUCAAGUAUGAGGAAGGUGGAAUUCGCACAGGAAGGGCUUUUGGUAUUGGUCGAGGGAAAGUCUUUCCUAUGAGAAACUUGGUUCUGUCACAAGAAUUGCCUAAGCUUCCAGCUGAUGCAGAACACCACCGCCAGGUUUUUAGGGCUGUCGCUCGGGACCAACCAACAGCAA